AUGCUGUUGAACAAUAGCAGGUACACGUCCGAUCGUGCACAGUUUGCCGAACGUGUUGGACGAAUAGGAAAUGUGGGAGAGGUGUUGGACCUGCCGUAUCCACAGAUAGCGGGCUUCAAGAGCAGAAACCCGAAUACCGCAAGAAAGCCAGCUGUACAUUCCAACACUAGCAGGGAGGGUGGAAAUGGUGACGGCAAAGGGACAGGAGACCGAGAUUGUGUUUAUGCCAAUACCAAUAACCCGAGGUUCACAAUGAGCAACAUGUCGUCACAGAACACGUUGAUCUCACAGCAAACAAACUCCACUGUGGCUACAACAUCAUCGGAGUCGGAAGAGCUCUUUCCUAUAGAGAAAUUAGAGGAGCUGGAGGCAAAUAUGGUAAACUAUAUGCAUAAUCCCAGAAGAAACUCAAUCACUUCUUCGAUUAGGAUCGGGAAACACUUCGACAACAUCAAUGCAAGUAAGUACUCGAUCCACUCAUGUAAGAAGACUUCCGUGACUAAUGUGUCUAAGAAUAACAUUGUUCUAAUCAACAAUAUGCCGUAUCCUGUGCAACUACAGUUCCCAGCAAAAAUAUCUAACAGGAAAUCCAAAGAGAUAGCAAUGAGACCAGAUGAUAUGGGCAUCGAAAACAAGGAAAACAUGAACAGGAACUAUAAAAUCAUACGCAAGGAUAACACCUCCAACUCCGCUAGCCUGGGAAGCAAUUACAAAGGCAACUCAUACAUUGAAGAGGUAUAUUUUGAGCCAAGCCCUAGUAAUAACUCCUCGGAGAACUUAACGAUAAACUCUUCUGACAAUAAUAUUAUUGAUCCCCGUUUCAACGAUUCCUACGAUCUUCUGCUCCAAUUGAUCCAGUCUUACAUCGACUAG